CCUAUCAGCUUAUUUCUUUGUAAAGAAAUCCUAAGUUUUUAAAGACUUUAGUUUGGAUUAUGGAAACCUCAUGGUAGACUUGAGUGAGGUUUGAAGGUUUAGAUUGAUACCCUUGGGGUUAUUAGAAUAAGAAGGCCAUUCAUUCAUGAAUCCUUCUACAUUUCGUUUGGCUUCUCUUCCAUGAGAUGUGUAUUUUUGUAAGUAUUAAAACUUUGAUUUUAUACUUAGCAAAAGAGGAAGAACAUAGCAAUUGAGGAUGAAAAGUCCUUUCAGAAAAAAAAAGCCCAAAGACUUGUUGAUACUGGAUACCAAAGCAGGAAACUACACGUGUCAUAAAAGGCUCCAGCUUGUUGGAUAAAGGCUGAAACUCAGGAUGUAGUCUAUAAAUACAAAACAGGUUCAUAAAAAUAUUUUUUAAGUGGAGUUCUGAGCACUUUAGAGAAGCUGACUGAUAACUGUGCAGCUAUUUAAUUUAAAUAUAUUUGUGCAGAUGCAUACACACAAAGCCAUACUUCAAUCUUUAAACAUGAAUAUAUUCAACUCAGUGAUAUUUAUUUCCCAUAUGAGACUGGUAACACUACUAAUACCAAAUAUAAAUUUGGGACCAUAUUUUUGGCAGAUUCUAAACCAGCAAUUUAUUGGAGAAGCAAAAAGAAAGGGACUCUAAUAUCAAUAGGCAGAAGGGAAGGAAUCUGUGAAGCUGAGUAUUUCCCUGUACAAAAUACUGUAGGGAACCUUUUUUUCCCCUACAGUAUUUUAUCACAAGUUUUUGUUUUUAAGCAGUACAUCUAGCAGUCUUCUAGGGAUUUUGGGGAUGGCUUCUAUCCUGACCACUUGACAGGUGUUAAAAUUUGUCACUCAGCUUGGAAAUAAAACUGUUUGUACUUGAACUUGCUCAGGCUGUUGACCAAGCAAUAUGGCUAGAACAGAUUUACUGUCUGCAGCUAGUGACCAUGUUCACUUUUUUCCCUUUGAUUUGUCAAAUAUGAACUUACAGGGAUCCUUUUGCUUACACAGUUGCUUUGGCUUUUAGACUGAAAUGAGCAUCCUUCAGAAUUGCUGCUUAAAAUACAGUAAUUUGGAUAUCAGAAUAAUGUGUAAUAAUACAAGAGUGUAACUCUGACUGUUAAUCUGUUGUUGUGCUUUGUUGUACUAAGCAUGGCAAGGUUGAAAAACAUUUUUUUUCUUGCUAUGUUUUUAUUUUUUUUUCUUUUAUCAAAUACCAGAAUAACAGUACUACAGCAGGCUCAAAACAGCUACCUCUCUCUGAAUAUGCUUAUGCCUUCAUCUUUCUCUUGUUAUUUUUUUCUAAUUUUAAGUAUUUACAUGCAGAUACGAAUCUGAAAUCCCCCUUGUUACUUGUUUCUGUUGUACCACUGUUUCAAAGGCAGCCUCCCAAAAUGAGACUUUAUCCACCCACCCAACACAAACUCUUAUCCUCAGUGUACUGAUGUCAAGACCCAAACUCAGUCAGGGUCCCCAAAGACUGUGAGUGAAGAAGCCCAAGGUAAUUGGUAUCUGACGAAUAUUGCUGCCUGCUCAGUUUGUUAACAUUAUGAGACAAAAAAUGGCUUUCUUGAACUUGCGCUUAAGCUGUUUCUGCAUAUAUUUUUGAGACUUUUGUUAAAAGAACCCUGUGCUUCAUCACAUGGUCUGUAACCUGACUGCAGUCCUGUUUCUAGAGUGAAUAGCUGAUUAGAAAAUUAAAGUAAUUUGAAACCACUCAGAAUUGUUUGCUUAAAGGAAGCUGCUGUGCCAUCUGCUUGUGCCUGUAAGGGUGCUUGACCACAUACUGUCAAAUAAAACCAAACCACAGAAAUCUCAUGUACCCAAGUACUUUUCUGUGUGAUUAGAGCUGGUCUUACCUCAGGUGGCAUUUUGAGAAAAAGAACAUAAACAAGGAUUUAGGUCACAGCUUGUAAACUACUAAAUUCUGUAUGGUUGUUUUGCAUGUAAAAAGCAAUGGUGCAAUGCAUUCAUUUCAGGAAUACAAUCUCGUUAUCCUUCCCUUUUGAUGGUGGAAUUUAAGGAUUUUUAUUUUUAAUUUUUCUGGGCAUAGGACAGUGUUCUGGAGUGGACUCUUAACAAGGACUGCUUUGUCAGCUGGGUGGAGGUCAUGUGCAGGGAGGCUAGGUGGUUUGCAGGCGGCGUUUCUUGCCUGCAGGGGCACUGCACUGUGUGAGUCCCCUGAGAAGAUGAUGUGUCACACUUGUGCUCUUUGCCCUGAAGCAUUUCCAAUGCAUAUCUCUGAGCAGUUUCAAUGUGGGAGAAAAUAAUGACAUGAAAGAAAUUCAAAAUUGGUACCUGUAGGUCACCUGUUAAAUUUCAGAGCUUGGAGAUUAUGCUGUUGGGACUAGCAAUACAAAGGCUAGAGACCAUUUAUAGCUGACUGAAUGCUUGUCCCAGUAUUGCUAAAUAAACACCUCUUUGCAGCCUUUAAGUCUCCAAAAGAAGACGUAGUGUUCUAAUUUUGGAAAUUUACAUUUUUUAAACCAAGAUGCAGCCUUUAAGGACACUGUUUUCUUAUCCAUUCUAAAACUGUGGCUUUGAUGAUGAAGCUAAAUGCCUUCUCUGUUGCUGUGUCUCUAGGCAUUGCUGCAGGGAACCUCUGGGAGUUCCAGGGUGAAGAGAUCUGACUUCAUCUGGAGACCUCUGCUAAAGGUGAAGACCUCCUAACGGGCCAGACAGCCUUGGCAGGAGUUCAAAGUCUUACACCAAGAAUCCUCCAGAGCAUUGCAUUCCUCUGUUUGGAGUGUGGACAAGAGUUUGGCAUUCUGCUUUUACAGAUCGCUGCCGCUCCCGGAGCGCACAGGGAACGGCGAGACUCCCGCAUCUUUCAGCCAGAAGAAAGGAGCCAGCGGAGCAGACUAAUACGGACUUGUGUCGGGUGCCCUUGCCCCACAAAGGCUGCCUUUAAAAGAGAAACGCAGUGCUAUUUAAUGAGCUGUGAGAUGAGGCACUGCUGCUAACGCUCAGAUCCCAGGAUUCAUCGGCUAUUCAUUGUGCUUAAUGUACAUGUUUCUGCACCGUGCAUUUAGGAGAUCCCAGAGAAGAAUCCAAAACGGCUGCGGGGGAAAGACCACCAAACAUGCCUACAGAAACAUUACCGACAGGUAGCAUGGUGAAGCCGGUCAGCCCUGCCGUGACUUUCACAUCUGCCGUUCCUCUCCGCAUCCUGAACAAAGGACCUGACUAUUUUCGCAGGCAGGCGGAGCCUAAUCCAAAAAGACUGAGCGCAGUGGAGAGGCUUGAAGCCGACAAGGCGAAAUAUGUCAAGAGCCAGGAGGUCAUCAAUGCCAAGCAGGAGCCCGUGAAGCCGGCGGUGCUCGUGAAGCCGCCGGUUUGUCCUGCGGCCAAGCGAGCGCUGGGGAGCCCCACCUUGAAAGUCUUCAGCAACAAUGCAAAGACUGAGAGUGGAGUCCAGAGAGAAAAUCUGAAACUUGAGAUUUUGAAGAACAUCAUCAACAGCUCUGAAGGCUCCAGCUCAGGCUCAGGGCAUAAGCACGGUCCCCGAAAUUGGCCACCCCACAGGGCCGAUUCGACAGAGCUGAACCGACACUCGUUCGCCGAAUCCUUGAAGGUUUACCCCACGCAGGGCCGGAGCAGCCCACAGGAGAGCAGCUCCAAUGUCAGCAGAAGGCUCCUAGAUCAGUCAGCAGAGACUUUUUUGCAUGUCUCUCACAGCUCUUCAGACAUUAGGAAAGUAACUAGUGCAAAGCCCUUAAAAGCAAUACCCUGCAGUAGUUCCGCCCCACCUCUGCCUCCAAAGCCCAAAAUCGCUGCCAUUGCCACCCUGAAAUCCCCAGAGAUUGAGGCAGUUGAGUCUGGAUGCGGAGUUAGUAGAAGACCCUCCCUACAGCGAUCAAAAUCAGACUUAAGCGACAGAUACUUUCGCGUUGACGCAGAUGUUGAACGAUUCUUUAACUACUGCGGACUGGAUCCUGAAGAGCUUGAAAACCUUGGGAUGGAAAACUUUGCAAGGGCUAACUCUGAUAUUAUAUCCCUCAACUUUCGCAGUGCAAGCAUGAUUAGCUCAGACUGUGAACAGUCUCAGGACAGCAACAGUGACCUUAGAAAUGAUGACAGUGCCAAUGACCGUGUGCCAUAUGGCAUUUCUGCCAUUGAAAGGAAUGCCAGAAUCAUCAAGUGGUUAUAUAGCAUCAAGCAAGCUAGAGAGUCACAGAAAGUGUCCCAUGUGUGAGAAAAAUACACCGUACAUAAAAGCAAGGACUGUAUCUUUGUCUGUGAAUAUUCAGUUUGUGAAGGGUUGUGAAGUCUCCUUGAAGUCUUGUACCCUUCUCAAAUCUCUUUGUGUUGCUUGUUGUGCAAUGUUUCCAAGUUGCAUGCCUGUCAACUUGUGAGCUGACCUGGCUUCCACUUGAACAAUAACUAACUACAAAGCCUGGCUGAGCAUACACAUUAUCUGCCAAAAGUUUAAGACAAGAAUCUGAUUAGGGCUUCAGUAUAAUCAAAGUGUUUACAUGGAAAGGUUAUAUGACUUCUUUGGUAUUUAUGUGGUUCCUUGUGGAUUUUAUAUAUGUCACUUUUUGUCUUAAUACAGAUAUUGUCAACUGACGUUACUCGUUUCUAAGUUGAAACAGAAUGCCUCUGAGGGGAAGAAAAGUGGAAUUGGCCAAAAUAUGAGGUUUAGGCAUACGACGAUAGGCAAAGCAGCCUUAUCUCUUGUAGAAAGUGCAUUAUUGGCACACGAAAGCUGUUUCUAAAAGGCAAAGAAUGCUAUGUUCUUAAAUUAUGUAUCAUUGUUAAACUAUAUAUCCCUACUUGUAGUAAGGCACUGUUCAGUAAAAGUUUCUUUUUCCUAGGUAAGCUCCCUCUGUUUUACAGCAGAAGUAGUCUAGUGAACCUGCUUGACCUCUCAUAAACUAAAUGAGUCUUGCAUUUGGGUUGAUGUAAGCAUUUUAAUGAUUUUGUAUUAUACCAGUUGGAAAAGCUUAAAGAAGGUUGGAGUCAACAUGAAAAUGGCGCAGGUGCAGGAUUUUGUGGGUUUGAUUUUUACUCAAAGAUUCCUGGUCUUAAACUUUUGACGGGAAUAAUUAGAUCCUAUAGCUGAUACUGAAUGCCUUUAUUAGUCAAAACACAUCAUGACUACAAACUCCAUGCUGUCUUAAUUUUUUUUGUAGACCUAUUUGAACAGUUAAUGAACAAAAAUGGAAACACACAGCCAUAUCAAUAUAACGCCUCCUAUUCAGAAGUAAAUACACUCAGUAGCUGAACUAUAUCUGAAAAAAUGUGAUUAUGUUGUCUUGCAUAUGUUAUAUCUAAGGCUGUGAAAGUUUGUUCCAGCUCUAGAAAAGUGUAGAAACAUGACAGUAUGUAGCUUUUCUUUUCUUUUUUUUUUUUUCUCCUUAAGAUGGUUAGUGCUGCAAAUCAACCUGUUACAAAUCUUUCAACAAUCUGUCUUCCCAGUGGUUUAAUUGACUGUCAUCUCAACUGACAGUGGUGGUGUGGUAGUGGAGAAGUUGAAAGUACAGUGGUCUGCUUCAUGAUUAUUGUAUUCAUGCUUUGAAGUAAAUUGCAGCACUACCUUAUACUAGAUCAGCUAAUAGGAAACUUUUUUAUUGUGUAAAUGCUGUAAGACUUUGUAUAUACUUCAGUUGUUACAAAAUCUUUAAAAGGAAGAGUGUUAUGCUAAUAAAUAGCUCCUGGUGCAGGUAUGGUAGGGUUUUUUUGUUCUUAUUUUCACCCCUCCCAUUCUUAAAACUGUAUCAGGAACUCAAUUGCAGUGUGUUUUAGUGCUGUAGAAGGUCUUGGUUAAAUAAUAGUUCCAGUAAAAGGUUUCUUUUACUAAAGUGCUUUUCAGAAUAUAAUUUUUUAUAAAAUAACUAUAGCAGCAUGAUCUGUCUGAAGAACUAGAAGAGAUUUUCAAGACUCCUAAAAUAGCUUGCUUCUUCCUUACCUAGCAAUGUUACUGUUCCCGUUUAUAGCAUCUGUUCGUAAUGAAUCACCGCAGUCUUCUGAAUUACUCUUCAGUAGUGCUUAUUUAUAUAUUUGAAUAUUAAAGAUGUUUUACAAAGUCGGGUUCUAUCUUUUCUCUGAGAAGCCUGUAGCCCAACUUCUUACAGAUAGCUACAGUUAACGCAGGCAAGACUGGAAGCGGAGCCAUGCAGUCAUUUGUUUCCUAUGGAAUUAUCCUACAUCCAGUUUUACAUAAUUGAUCUCUAAAUGUUUGUUCACGGACGGGGGGAAGCACACAUUCAGUUUCAGCACACAUUCAGCUUCAGAAGGCUACUCUAUGAUUUUUACAGUUGACUUCACAACCUAAGACUUACAACAUUCCUAGCUCAG